AUGGGUUUGUCUUCCAUAAAAGUCCACACAAAAACUUUGCUGCCGCCCACCCACAGAGACUACAGAAUUCAGCAGGAGCUGCUGGAGAUAGAAAGACAGCAGCAGCAGCUGCUGCAGCAGCACGAGCAGCACCUGGUGCGCCGCCGCGAGCAGCAGCAGCACCACCGCCACCAUCCGCAGCAGCAGCAGCAAAACACCCAGCAGCAGCAGCAAAGCGACCAGCAGCAGCAGCAAAGCGACCAGCAGCAGCAGCAGCAGCGGGACAACCAGCAGCAGCAGCAGCAGCAGCAGCAGCAGCCGCAGCCGCUGUUUACGGUGUACGUACACCCGGGAAACAUGCGGGAGUGGCUGGUGUAUCUCCACCUGCCAGCAAAAAGCAUUUAUAAAAAUAAAAACUUUUUGCUGCGGCUGCUGCUGCCGCAGCAGUUUCCCUUCAAGCCGCCUUUGCUGCACUUUCUUAAACCAAUCCCCGUGCACCCGCACGUGUACAGCAACGGCUCGAUUUGUUUGAACUUGUUGGGAAAAGAUUGGCAUCCUUCUUUGUCUCUUUUCAAGUUGCUGCUGAGUCUCUUCAGCAUGUUGAACGAAAACAAAAAACACAAACCCCCCCUCGACGACUUCCUCCAUGCUGCUGCUCCUCCUGGCUCUACAGAUGUUGAAUAUAUAUAUCAUGAUGAUGACCUAUAA